GUGCUUUGUUAAUCACCGGUUAACCGCGAAGUAUGUAAAUUUCUACGAAGGGGCGUAAACGUUCCCACCUCUAUAAAUCAUUAACCCCGCGAUCCACCGAACAUCAGUAGCCCGCCGGUGAUUCAGAAUUAUCUUUGGUGUCAUUUUAUAACCCCGGCGACGACUACGUGUUAUUUUAUAAGAAGAUUUUUUCCCGUUUUUGUACCAGCGAGUCAAAAUGAUCGUUAAUGGUUCAGUCGUAUUGUUCGUAGUUGCGAUGUUUCUCCAGCAUUCCCAUUGUAAACCAACGCAUCGAUUCGUUAGAGAAAUUAGCAACGAAGAUGAGCCUAGGAUCAAUAGAAUUAAAGAAUUUCUUAGCCAGAUACAAGGAUAUGGAUCAUUUGGCUCUACAUCUCAAUCACAAUCGUCUUCAACACCAACACAUCAGCCAGAUUCAUCAACAUCAUACCAGCCAGAUUUAUUAACAUCAAAUCAACAAGAGACCGCAGCUGGGCCUGAACCGGAAGAAACUAAGGUACAGCCUUCCAUAAUUGCUAGAGACGGAAGCACUUCAUCGACUGAAUUCCCAUCCUAUACAAAUUACAUGCCGAGUCAAUUAAGUCAAUAUCAAAAUCAAAUUCCCAACCCAAGUCAAUUUAGCCAGUACCAGAACCAAAUACCUCAAUCGAUAAACCCAGCUCAUUACUUGAAUUCCAAUUCUGCAGGUGGAUCAAAUACAGGUCAAGGUCGAUAAAAAAUGUCGACAUACAUCAAAUAAACAUUGAUAAGAUAAAGAUAAUUUCGAAAAAAAAAUGUAUACAGAAAAAUAAACAAAUCUGAAUUUUUA